AUGGCUUCAUUAAGAGCCGGUCUCUUCCGUGGUGGCAAGCGUCACUUACUGGCUUCAACCACCCGAAGAGGAAUCGCAUCUUCUGCUCCCGCAGUUCAAGAAUACCCUCGACAUGAUCUCCCUCCUGCAUCAGCUCAAAGUCGCCGUGAUGCCAUCAAAGAUGCCAAACCCUUCUCCGCAUUCCUCACAGACACCUUCGACAGACAACACGACUACCUUCGAAUAUCCUUGACCGAAAAGUGCAAUUUACGAUGUCUAUACUGUAUGCCUGAAGAAGGAGUUCCUCAAUCACCUCCGGCAGAGCUCCUCACAACUCCUGAAAUAUACCUCCUCUCUUCCACAUUCGUAUCCCAAGGUGUCACCAAAAUCCGCUUGACGGGUGGCGAACCAACUAUACGACGAGAUAUCCUUCCGCUGAUGCACCAAAUUGGUUCUCUACGGUCACAAGGUCUUCGGGAGCUCUGCAUUACAACCAAUGGCAUAUCCCUCCACCGAAAGCUGGAUAGCAUGGCGGAAGCAGGCUUGACUGGCGUGAAUUUGAGUCUGGAUACGCUAGACCCCUGGCAAUUUCAGAUCAUGACUCGGCGGAAAGGAUUCGAAGCCGUAAUGAAAUGUAUUGAGCGAAUUCUUGAGAUGAACAAACUAGGAGCUAGAAUCAAGCUGAAGAUAAACUGUGUGGUGAUGCGGGGUAUGAACGAGCGGGAAAUCCUCCCUUUCGUGGAGUUAGGGCGAGAGCAAGAUAUCGAGGUCCGAUUCAUCGAAUACAUGCCCUUCGAUGGAAAUAAAUGGAGUCAAGGGAAGAUGCUGAAUUAUCAAGAGAUGCUGGAUAUUAUACGGGCGAAAUACCCCGCUUUACGAAAAGUGCAGGAUCACAAGAACGAUACGAGCAAGACGUACGAGAUACCUGGCUUUGUUGGGAGAAUGGGGUUUAUUACAAGCAUGACGCAUAAUUUCUGUGGCACUUGUAACAGGCUACGAAUUACUAGCGAUGGAAAUUUGAAGGUGUGCUUGUUUGGGAAUGCUGAAGUGUCUUUGCGGGAUAUUAUACGGAAAUCGAAUAAUGGCAAUCCGAUCGAUGCAGAGGCUUUUGAGGCUAUGAAACAAAUUGAGAUGGAUAGACGGCAAGGCUUAGUUCCUGGCCCCCUUGGCACCUCGGACCACGAAAAAGAGUUGCUUGAGGUUAUUGGUAAGGCAGUCAGUCGGAAGAAAGAAAAGCAUGCUGGUAUGGGAGAGUUGGAGAAUAUGAAGAAUAGGCCGAUGAUCUUGAUAGCGCCUGUAUGGAAUUCUGUACUAAUCGUUCGAAUAGAUGAAAAGAGCAUUCGACACAGCUCUUUCGCAUCCAGGAGAACUUCUGCCUUAUCCCGACAAAUCCCCAGCUACCUCCUCAACAACCCCUCAAACAUUGCGUCGUCCCAUCUCCGCGCCUACUCCACAUCCACCACCCCCCCAAAACUCACACACCUAACCCCCACCGGCACAGCGCACAUGGUCCCCAUAUCCAGCAAGUCCCCCACCUCCCGCACCGCGACCGCCCGCUGCUCCGUCCACUUCUCGAAUCCCACAGCGAUUCCUUUGAUCCGCGCUAAUGCGAUGAAGAAAGGGGAUGUGCUGGGUGUGGCGAGGGUAGCGGGGAUUAUGGCUGCGAAGAAAACGAGUGAGAUGGUGCCGUUGUGCCAUCCGCUGCUGAUUACAUUUGUGGGGGUUGAGAUUGAGGUUUUGGGUGGUGGGGGAAAAGAGGGGGAGAAGGAAGGGGAGGAGGCAGGUGGAAGGAGAAGUCAAGGGGGUUUUGGGAGGGUGGAGAUAGAAGCCACCGUCUCGUGUGAUGGCAAGACAGGCGUGGAGAUGGAGGCGUUGAUGGCGGCGAGUACGGCGGCGUUGACGGUGUAUGAUAUGUGUAAAGCUGUGGAUAAGGGGAUGCGGGUUAUGGAUUUGAGGGUUGUGAAGAAGGAGGGGGGGAAGAGUGGGAGUUGGGUUGAGGGGGAGAGGGUUGAUGAGGAUGAAUAA